AUGGCUCUCUCUCUCUCUCCCUCUCUCAUUCUAUCUCAGUUUUUCGUACCCCCUCACUCCACUUUUACGUUUAUUUCUUCAUUUAAAAAUAACUAUCAAGCUUUCUUAGAUUUAAUUAUCUCUAUCUAUCUAUCUAUCUAUCUAUCUAUCUAUCUAUCUAUCUGUCUGUUUUCAUUAUCUAUCUAUCUAUCUAUCUAUCUAUCUAUCUAUCUAUCUAUCUAUCGUAGUCUGUUCAUUAUCUAUGUCAGCUUUUCAUUCUUUCUUUCUUUCAGAUUGAUCAUAUCUAUCUAUCUAUCUAUCUAUCUAUCUAUCUAUCUAUCUAUCUAUCAAGCUAUCUAUCUAUCUAUCUAUAUAUAUAUAUAUAUAUAUAUAUAUAUAUAUAUAUAUAUAUAUAUAUAUAUUAGUCUGUUCAUUAUCUAUGUCAACAUUUCUUUCUUUCUUUUCAGCUUGAUCAUUAUCUAUCUAUCUAUCUAUCUAUAUUUUCAUUGUCUAUCUAUCUAUCUAUCUCUGUCAACAUUUACUCUUUAUUUCAUUCUUUCUUAUAGUCUGAUUAUAUCUAUCUAUCUAUCUAUCUAUCUAUCUAUCUAUCUAUCUAUAGAUAGAUAG